UUAAAGGGGUUUUCCCGUGUACAUUUCGCUGUGGCAAUAAUCAGCUGAUAAAUUCCCGGUUAUAAAAUGUGUUAAUCGGUUUGUGUUUUGUUAAAGCAUAGUGGCCACCAUGGAGAUGGGCGUCUGUUUUCCCUGGACACCGCCACGGAGUACAGAUUGUAUACGGAAAAGUCAAACGGGCAGGUCAAGCAGGACAGCGCAGGAAGGCCCUGUUUCUGAUCUAAAGGAGGGGAUGGCCCGCUCUAGCCCCCUCACGUCCCUGCCCGGGAUGCCGCGCGAGCUGCUGGCCGUUCCCAUGGAGCCCAAGUACCUGUGCCUGCAGUGCCGGGGGGUCCUGAGGAAGCCUUUCCAGGCACAGUGUGGCCACCGCUUCUGCGUGCACUGCCUCACGCAGCUCACCAGCUCAGGACCUAAGCCUUGCCAAGCGUGUCAGCAGGAGGCAAUAUUUGAAGAACCGCAGUCCAUCCUCAAAAUAAGCGACGCUUUCCCAGACAAUGCAGCACGAAGGGAAAUUGACAGCCUGCCAGCCAACUGCCCCAAUGAAGGCUGCUCCUGGAAGGGGAAAAUAAAGGAAUAUGAGGAGGGACACGAGGGAAAGUGCGAGUUUGAGCGCACCACGUGCGAGGCGUGCCACGCCGUGAUCCUGCGCAAGGACCAGAGCCUGCACAACGAGCGGGAGUGCGAGGAGAGGACCCUCAACUGCAAGUACUGCAAGGUCACCUUCAACUUCAAACAAAUCAAGGCUCAUGAUGAAGUUUGCCAGAGGUUUCCUGUUCAGUGCAAGGACUGCGGAAAGAAGAAGAUCCCCAGGGAAAAGUUUCCAGACCACGUCCUGUCGUGCGUGAAGUCCCGGACGGCCUGCUCGUUCGGCGUGGUCGGCUGCUCGGCUGUGGUGGAGAGCGAGAAGCGGACGGACCAUGAGCAGUCCAGCUACCUGGAGCACCUGCGCCUCCUGCUGGAUGAGGUGGGGCGACUGCGCCAGCAGGCUGACGGGCCCGGAGAAUGGCAGGAGGACUCCGGGCUGGGGCUGUACCGCGCCCCGGAGGAAGGGGCACCCCUCGCUGGCAGCGGGGGCAGGGACGUGGGCGGGGCCAGAGGGGCCCAGGCCGGCGACCUCCUGGUGAAGAAGGUGGCGGCGCUGGAGAACAUUGUGUGCGUGCUGAACCGCGAGCUGGAGAGAACGGGCCUCACUCUGGAGGCCUUCACCCGCCAGCACCACCUGGACCAGGAGAAGAUCGACGGACUCAGCAAUAAGGUGCGGCAGCUGGAGCGCACGAUAAACAUGCGGGACUUGCAGCUGGCCGAGACUGAAGGCACCCUGCGGGAGCUCACCUACUGCACCUACGACGGCGUCUUCAUCUGGAAGAUCACCGAAUUCUCCCGCCGCCGCCAGGAGGCUUUGGCCGGACGAGCCCCCGCCAUGUUCUCCCCAGCGUUCUACUCCAGCAAGUACGGCUACAAAAUGUGCCUGAGGCUGUACCUCAACGGGGACGGGACGGGCCGCGGGUCGCACCUCUCGCUUUUUUUUGUGGUGAUGAGGGGCAAAUACGACGCCCUGCUCAAGUGGCCCUUCAGUCAGAAGGUUACGCUGAUGCUGCUGGAUCAGAACAACCGGGAGCACAUCAUCGACGCCUUCCGGCCCGACGUCAGCUCCACCUCCUUCCAGAGGCCCAUCAGCGAGAUGAACAUCGCCAGCGGCUGCCCGCUCUUCUGCCCGCUGGCCAAGCUGGCGGGCAAGAGCUCCUACCUGCGGGACGACACCGUCUUCAUCAAGGCCAUCGUCGACCUCACGGGCCUCUAGUGCUCCCGGGUGCUAGAGGCCCGAAAUAUAAAUCAAUGUCCAGUGUAUGGAGUCUCAUUCCUUCGGCGGCCCAUAAAAACAACCACGCUACAAAAGCAAAAGUGCAGACGUAAAGGGAAACGCGCUCCAAAUCCAGAAAUGACGCAAGUUUCGAAUGUAAAAGGAAAACGUGCUGCAAGCGAUGCAAAUUCAGUAACCCGCUAAAAAAACAUAUUAUAAUAAUAAUAAUAAGAUAAAUUUUAAUUCAACAGGCGAGUAUGGCGGCGAAACCAGGUGGCACAACCAAAGUGCUCCACGCAGCUAGGGGGAGCCACACAAAAGAGUGUGCUGUUGUUGUACGGCGAGCAAGACUACUUGUUUUGACUCGCCAGCGGGAAGACCCGUGCACGGCUGUAACGUGGAAGAGGCCGAUCUUUCGACGGCAACGCGUUCCCGUCGUCGCGUUCGCGGGCGUUCUCGAAAAACUUGCGUCGCUUCUGGAUUCGGAGCGCGUUUCCAUUAACGUCUGUGCUUUUGCUUCCGAAGCGUGAUCGUCCUUGUGGACCGCACUUUGCAAAUUGUGCAAAUUUGUGCAAGGAACGAAAAUGGGCAUAAACUCACAUGUAUGAACCCCACAAUUAUGGACAGGAGUAGCAGUAUUAAGCCUUUUACUACCUCAAAGGCAGAAACGGGAGGAUGAAACAAAGGGGCACAUCUCAGCCCUAUAGCUAAGAAAUACAGCCUGGAAGGACUGUGUUUGAUGCAGACAAGGGACAGGAUGUGGUCAAACAGAAAUGAAAGCCACAGCGGGUGAGCAAAAAGCAG